CGCAUACCCUAGCUUCCUCCUUCAUAUUUACAUUCACAGUGUUCCACUCCUUCCAUCUCGUCGUUGCAGUUCUUCUUCUUCUGGUGGCGGCGGCGCAGCAAGCGGAGUACGGUGUCCUUCUCAACCACUCACCAUCAUGGGGCGUAUGCACAGUGGCGGUAAGGGUAUUUCCAGUUCAGCUCUUCCAUACAAGCGUUCCCCACCCAGCUGGCUCAAGAUCGCUUCUCAAGAUGUUGAGGAGAACAUCUGCAAGUUUGCCAAGAAGGGUUUGACCCCAUCUCAGAUUGGUGUUAUUCUUCGUGACUCUCAUGGAAUCGCUCAGGUGAAGAGUGUCACUGGAAGCAAGAUUCUGCGUAUAUUGAAGGCUCAUGGACUUGCUCCUGAAAUUCCUGAAGAUCUGUAUCACCUGAUCAAGAAGGCAGUCUCAAUCAGGAAGCACUUGGAGAGGAAUAGAAAGGACAAGGAUUCUAAAUUCAGAUUAAUUUUGGUUGAGAGCAGGAUCCACCGCCUUGCUCGUUACUAUAAGAAGACAAAGAAACUCCCACCUGUCUGGAAGUAUGAAUCAACUACUGCCAGCACACUUGUGGCUUAGAGUGAGAUGUUCGGUGAUAGAGAUUUUACUAUCAGCUAAGCAAAUUUAUUUCCAUGAUGUGAUUUUCAAAUUUUGAUGCACUUGAAAUUCAUGUUAAACUCUUUUCCGGUGGUAUUUCUGAUUUGGAUUUUGUUA